AUGUUGAAUGGACACACUAUGGUUACUACCACUACUAUUGUAACACCACAAGCAGCAGCAACAGUCGAAAAGAGACAGGAGAUCAUUAACAAUUUAAUUAACUUAGCAAAACAAGAACAACAAAACGGAAAUACAGCAAUCACAUCUGAUAAGUUAAAUAAAUUAUCAACUUUAUUAAAUUCACAAUCAACAACAACAACACAAACAUCAUCAAACAAGAAGAGGCUGCAAGUCUAUAAUAAGUUUAAUAAGUUACCACAAGUACCCGAUAAACCGAAAUACCCUCCACUCUUUUCAAAGUUUGAUUUAGUUAAAGCUACCACACAUUCGACCAACCCUAGAAGAAGAAGAGAUAGUAAUAAUUCGUCAGUAUCAGCAUCUUCAGAAGAUCCAAAUAGACCAAUACGAAAUAGCAAUAAUAAUUAUUAUAGAAAUCAAGGGGAGAAAUUAACAUUUAAGAAAUUCGAAAAUAUGGUUGUAACGGCAUUAGAAAACGUUGCUAAUAUAAUGGAUAAUUUACAUUUACUUUCGCAUUUCCCAAUGUUUCCUAAAUUCUUACUGAGAUUGUUAAAACAAACCAAUAAGCUUUGGGUAAUCAUCUUAAUAUUCUUGGUUAGAAAAACAAUAUCCCAAUUACUUAAUGUUAUCCGUAAGAUUAAUAAGGUACGUAUUGAAAUGGAUUUAUUAAAUAGACAAGCAAAGAAGAAUUCCACUGCAAUGAAUGAAGAUAUUGAAAAGAAGUAUAAUAAAGUAUUAAAAGAUUUAAAAUUUGAUAAAGUAAUGUUAAUAAUUGAAUUGAUUGGUAAUUUCUUAGAUUUAGGAUUCAAUUUAAUUGAGUUAUAUCAAGUCAUCUUACCUGAUUGGACUAUGAGUAUAUUGAACUUCGCAAGUAUGGCAAUGACUGUUUACAGAAUGAAUAAAGACGAUGAAUAUGUAGAUGACGAUAUUACAGAAGAUUUGAUAUAA